GCUGGAUGCAAGAGAGCUCUCUUGGUUCGGCUCCGUAUCGCUCCACGCGGAAGUGCUAAGAACAGCUUUCUAAUGGCAAACGAAGCUUGCCCCUGCCCAUGUGAUAUUGGAGAUAAGAUUGAAUAUGGAGCAAAAGGCCAGGAGGUCCAAAUUGAGCACAUAAAAGCUUAUGUUUCUAAACCUCAUUCUAGCACAGAUAAAGCAGUGAUUGUAGUUCAGGAUAUAUUUGGAUGGCAACUUCCUAACACUCGCUUUAUGGCUGAUCUACUCACAGCUCAUGGAUACAUAACAAUUUGUCCAGAUUUUUUUGUGGGCCAGGAGCCUUGGAAGCCAUCAAAUGACCGGUCUACAUUCACUGAGUGGCUGCAGACUCGACAAGCAACAAAAGUGGAGAAGGAGAUUAAUGUUGUACUCAAGUAUCUGAAGGAGCAGUGUCAUGUGAAGAAGAUUGGUGUCAUUGGCUUUUGCUGGGGUGGAGUUGUGACUCAUCAUUUGAUGCUUAAGUACCCAGAACUAAAAGCAGGGGUGUCCUUCUACGGAAUAAUCCGAGAUGUUGAAGAUCGAUACAAUUUGCUAAAUCCAACAUUAUUCAUUUUUGCUGAAAUGGACCAUGUCAUUCCGCUAGAGCAGGUAUCUCUACUUGAAGAAAAACUUAAAGUGCAUUCCAAGGUAGAUUUUCAAGUCAAAGUGUUUCCAAAACAAACCCAUGGAUUUGUGCACAGAAAGAAUGAAGACAUUAACCCAGAAGACAAACCUUUUAUUGAAGAAGCAAGAAAGAACAUGUUAGAAUGGCUGCACAAAUAUAUUAACUGAUUCUAUGUCAUUUUUAAUAUUUUCAGUUUGUUUUUCAGAGUUGCAGUGUACUGAAAACCAUUGGUUACAGGGCACAUGGUAACAUAGCAUUAAAUGAUAUUACUAA